AUCAUCGUAGAGUGCAAAGCAAUUUCAGAAACACCUUUUUGGGUAGAGCUGGUUGAGGCUGACGAGAGCAUCGCCAUCAUAUCAAAAAGUGCGAGAUGUCAGGCGAAGGAGAAUUGAAUGUUGACAACCUCAUUACUAGACUACUCGAAGUUCGCGGAUGUCGUCCAGGCAAAACAGUCACUAUGACGGAGGCGGAAAUCCGCGCUCUUUGUCAUAAAUCUCGAGAAAUAUUCCUGUCACAACCAAUUUUACUGGAGCUUGAAGCGCCGUUAAAGAUAUGUGGAGAUAUCCAUGGUCAGUACAACGAUCUGCUCCGCCUAUUCGAAUAUGGAGGUUUUCCACCAGAAGCGAACUAUCUGUUUCUUGGAGACUAUGUAGACAGAGGAAAACAAAGCUUAGAGACAAUAUGUCUUCUUUUGGCAUAUAAGGUAAAGUAUCCAGAGAAUUUCUUUUUGCUUAGAGGAAAUCACGAAUGUGCUUCCAUUAACAGGAUUUAUGGAUUCUAUGAUGAAUGUAAACGCAGAUUCUCAAUCAAACUAUGGAAGACAUUCACUGAUUGCUUCAAUUGUCUACCGAUUGCUGCUCUAAUUGAUGAGAAGAUAUUCUGCUGUCAUGGUGGUUUAUCGCCGGAUCUACAAAAUAUGGAACAAAUCCGACGUGUCAUGCGACCAACCGAUGUACCAGAUACAGGUCUUCUAUGCGAUUUACUAUGGUCAGAUCCUGAUAAGGAUGUAACCGGAUGGGGUGAGAACGAUCGUGGCGUCUCAUUCACAUUCGGUCCAGAUGUUGUGGCAAAGUUUUUGAACCGACAUGAUCUCGAUUUGAUAUGUCGAGCACAUCAGGUCGUUGAAGAUGGUUAUGAGUUUUUCGCUAAACGGCAGUUGGUCACCUUAUUCUCCGCGCCAAACUAUUGCGGCGAAUUUGACAAUGCUGGUGGUAUGAUGAGUGUAGAUGAAACAUUGAUGUGCAGCUUCCAGAUAUUGAAGCCAUCAGAGAAGAAGGCGAAGUAUCAAUAUGCUGGUUUGAACAGUGGACGACCGGCAGUAGGCGGAGCCAGGCCCGUGGGGAAGAAAUAAAUGCAACAACGAUGCCGAUGCAGCCAGCCAGCCCUCCAAAAUAUGGUGGCCGGGUGAUGCACGCGCUCCUUCAUCUCUCUUUCUUUACUGUGUCCUCUCCUACACCGCGUUGCGACGUGCUGUGCACCGGGUCAUUGUUAUAAUGUUCCUUUUUCGCCUAGUAGAAUUUUCUUGCAUACCGUAGUACCAGUACUAUAAAUGACCGUUGCCGUGCCCUCUGCAUUAUUUUGCGGUGUGAGGAUGAGUUUUUAUAGAUCAAAAUCCUCCUUCAUUCUGAGCAUGAACAUUAUCUUCAGCUGAUAGCUGCUACCCCAUCACCGAAAAUUUAUGCUUUCCAUCCAGGGAACCACGAACUAUUCGUAUACAAAAUAAUUGAUUUUGAUUGUUCUUCUCUAGGAGUCAACCAAAUUUGACUGAUUUAAUGACAGAAUUUCUUUGUCGAACGUUGUGAUCUAAGUACAGUUACAGAAGUUGCGUCCUUUCUGUCUCCUACUUUGUUUUCGUCUUAGAUGCAAGAAUCCACCUACGCUUUGCUACUCAUCCAAUCCUUUGGCUUUCUCUUAGUGGCCGUAGUGAGAACGCUUUGUAUUUGCUUGUUUCAUUGCGUCCCAUCCCCAUUUACACGAGAAAAUGCGUUGUAUUUAUUGUUAUGUGUUCAUUUACACGAAAAAUGAGACUCCAAAACUGCAGUCCACCUCCAUUCUUGGACUUUUUCUAUCACUCCUGACGCCUGCGUCAAUUCUUUUGUAGUUUUGUAUUUUGAACAGUUGCGGUGGAUAUUCUCUCUGUCGUACUUUGUUCCUCAACCAUUCUAGCCACGUCAUUUUUUCUUUUCAUACACUUCUCUUCUGUUCUUUGAGUGUCCACCCAGACCCCUUUUUACUCUUCUGUUUUUAUUCCAUCUUCCAGCCCCGUAUAGUUGUGCGAGUAACAUUGAACACUUCCUUGACAGUACGUCUGGUAUUCAAAGAAUAAAUAAUAGUAUAAAAGCAUUAAUUGAUAUGUGC